GACAUGAUGACUAAGUGUAAUAAGAGACAACACGAAGAGGAGCCGACUUUUUUACUGUAAAGAGUGUGACAUUGAAAAAUGUGCAUACAAAUGUGCACUAGUGUUUAGAUGAUUUUCUGAAAGCAAAUUCUUGUAUUUGUUAUCAUUCGUUUCUGAUCUGGUUAGGUAAUCGAAACUUUAAUUAUAUAUUUUUUCCGAGUAGCUAAACAGAGAUAAAAAGAAUUUGCCUAAAAAUGAUGUUGUACAAAUAACAUAAAAAAUGUAUUCUUUGAAAACAAUGAAAAGAUGCGGAAACAAGAACGCGGAUUCGCAGUUGUUUCGAAUGAAUUGAUAAAAACAAUCUUGCAAAACAUUAAUAUAAAUUAAACUAUUAACGAGUGACACUAGUUGCUGACUUGGAUGCGAUUAUAGCAGCUUAGUCUCCUAUCUCCGUUAAAUGGAAAUAAAACUAGAAAUCAGGACUAUCAAGCUUUACGCUAGUGUAGAGUUGGAUUAAUGUCUUUUCUAACUUGGUCUUCAUUGAUGAAUUAUUGCCGCUAUUUGUCUUUGUAUACGUGAACAAUGGGGUCUUGGGAUUACACUAUAUGGAGAUAUAGUAUUGGAAUAAAUCUUGUUGAUUGUGAUACUGUGAUUAAAUAUAUGGUUAUGCUUUUCUUAUCAACCAGAUUUAAUCUGAAUGUGCCGGUAUGGACUACGAACACAUGAUGAUGGAGUUCGAGGGAAGAGCACCAUACAAGUUGGAAUGUCUCCAACGUCAACAACAAUACCAUGAAACAUAUGUUGAUAAUGGAAACAGCUACUGUAAUAUGACAUGGGAUGGUCUGUCUUGUUGGCCUGCCACUCUUGUCGGAGAGUUUGCUAUUAUACAGUGUCCUCAGGAUAUGCAAGGAGUAGACAGCACACAAAACGCAACACGAUUAUGUACAACUAACGGUACAUGGGCACUGAAAUCUGACUACAACAGUUGUUUGACGGAUACAAACUCAAAAGACUUGUACAAUGGAGUUGAGUCUGUCCAUGAGUACUCACGACGAAUUAUCUAUAACCUAGGCUUCAUAGUCUCUACGAUCACACUGAUCAUUGCACUAUUUAUUUUUUUGUACUUCAGGAGUUUGCGAUGCUUGCGGAAUAUAAUUCAUAGCCAUCUUAUAGCAACGUUUAUUCUGCGUAACUUGCUUUGGAUCAUGAUGCAGCAUACAUUAUGGCCAAUCGUACAAGCUGAUGAAAAGUGGGCAUGUAAACUAGAGGUAGCAUUGUUUAACUAUGCUCAAAUGACAAAUUUUUUCUGGAUGUUAGUAGAAGGACUAUACUUACAUAUUAUUAUUGUCUGGACCUACUCUGCGGAUAAGAUUAGAAAGUGGUAUUUCAUCAUUAUAGGAUGGUGCGUUCCGGCCGUUAUAAUUGCUAUUUGGGUGAUUUUGCGGACACAAGUUAGAGCAGAUGAAACUAGUGAUGUAGCAGCGUGUUUCAUGCCAAAGUCUAAAAACUAUGCAGAGUCAGAAGCUGAUAAGCUGGAUUACAUUUACAUCGCACCUAUUUUGUUUGUAUUAGCAGUGAAUAUAAUUUUUCUGGGCAGCAUAAUAUGGAUAUUAGUGACAAAGUUACGGUCAUCCCACAGUCUCGAAACAAAACAGCUGAGGAAAGCAGUUAAAGCAACAAUAACACUGUUUCCAUUGCUGGGUAUCACAUAUGUUAUAUUUAUCUGGCCACCAAGUGAUAACCAUAUUUUUGUAGAAGUACAUCAAUAUAUCAAUGCAUUUUUACAGUCGUUUCAGGGUUUCUUUGUGGCUUUGUUUUACUGCUUCUUAAAUGGAGAGGUUAAGACGGUCCUGAAGAAAAAGCUAAAGAUUUUCCAAGACACUAGGGCUUUAAGCACAAGAUACACAAAGACAUCGAUGGUUCAGGAUAUGAGUGUCGUUGGUAGAGACAGCAUAGCACCAACAAAUGGUAAACUCACUUCCGGUAGGAAUGGAUUUCGUUUUAUGUCGAAUUCACAACGAUUCAAUGAUGAUGAACUGGCAGAAAGUGAAAAUAUGUUGUGAAAACGGAGAAAUAAAAUGUCAGUUUAGUACGUCCACAACUUAGUCAAUAAUAGAAGGGCAAGUUCUGGGCCAUUGUUAUUUUCAUUCGUUGCUGGAUGGUCGAAUAAUCAUAAUCUUGCGUCCUAAACAUAAAUGUUUCACCCUUUAUUUGGAACUGAUUAUAACUUGUAGACUCAAGAAACUAUAAUAUACUAUACGUGAGUAAAAACAUGGGAAUCCUUCAACUGAAUUAACAUCAUAUUGUUUUAUCAGUGUUCUGGAAUAAUUUAUUGAUAUUUAUACAUUCAGGAUGAUCGACGUUGACUUCUCUAUCAUUCUAUCGUUGUCUUUGUGUCGACAUGCAAUGAUCACGGAUAAAACAAAC